AUGGUCCCAUCGGGCGAGGUGCAGAAGACGUGCCAGCUUCCAGCACGUGCCCCAGACGGUCCCGCCUCAGCCUGGCAAGCUGAUCCAAGAGAGGCCCUGGACGGCGCGCCCACCCGCCGCCCCCAGGCCCCCACGUCCCUCACCUCGGAAAGAGUAGCCAACAACCCCCGACGUAAGAAGAAUGCGCCCAAGCCGGGCGGCAGCGCGUCCUCCUGCGCCUGCGCUUUUGCUGCACGCCGGCGCUCUCGCAUACACCUGCGCAAAGACAGCCAGAGGAGCGCCUGGCCCUACCGUGGCUGGCCACCUUCUCCCUCCCGCAGCUUCUGCACCCUUGCCCAGGCGCCCUUUGCCAGCGAAGCCCCCUGCCCUGCGGGCCACUGGGGCCACGGGGCACUUGCAGUGUAUGAUGAUAAAGAUUAUAGACAAAUUCGGUUUGUAGGUCGUCAGAAAGAGGUGAAUGAGAACUUUGCCAUCGACUUGAUCGCCGAGCAGCCCGUGAGUGAGGUAGAGAGCCGUGUGAUAUCUUGUGACGGCGGCGGAGGCGCUCUGGGCCACCCGAGAGUGUACAUAAACCUGGACAAGGAAACAAAAACUGGGACGUGUGGUUACUGUGGACUCCAGUUCAAACAGCACCAUCACUAG